UGCAUCACCCAGGGACUCUGCGUCUUUAAGAGGAGGCCUGGAAAAUAGAGAGGCGUGGCCAUUAGAGAUGAAGCCUAUUACUGAAACAGUCAGGCGGGACAGGACAAUAAGAUCUGCCCCUUCCGGUUACGUAACUCUAGCAAGAUGGCAGCGCCCAGGGCGUCCCUGUGCCUGGUGGCGCCAGUAUGGAACAGGGGUACCAGGGGUGUCCGUGGCCUGAACAGGAUGGUGGCCCCCCAGGGCAAUCAGAGGAAGAGGAGGACGCUGGUCCAGUUCCUGGCUGACCACUUCUAUGAUGUGCAGGCUCUAAGGGAGUACUUUCUCCAUAAGCAGGCGUUGAAGGUACACCAGGAAAAUCGGUCUGUCAACUCCAUCAAAAAUCGGUAUGGCCCGUACAUCGCAGGUGCCUUUUCCGUCCUGAAUCAGGGAGGCGCAGUCAAGUUUCAGGGCCAGGAGUGGAUCCGGCCAAAUGGACGUGGCCAUUUCUCUCUUGACUUCUUGAAGUUCCAGGCCGUGCCUGUAGAGGCUGUGGAUGCCAGUGGCUGCACCCUCAACUACAGCGGCCUGGACAACCUCUUGCCCCUGAAGGAGCUCCAGUCCCUCUGGCUGCAGCGCUGUCCCCAUGUGGAUGACUGGUGUCUCAGCCACCUCCACCCGCUGGCUGACUCACUGCAGGAGCUCUCGCUGGCCGGUUGUCCCCGCAUCUCCGAACGGGGCCUCGCCUGCCUCCACCACUUCCAGAAACUCCGCAAGCUGGACAUCUCAGACCUCCCCUCCGUGUCCAACCCCGGCCUCACUCGGAUCUUGGUGGAGGAGAUGCUGCCCAACUGUGAGGUUCUGGGGGCUGACUGGGCCUAGGGCCUAAAGUCGGCACCAGAGGAGCAGCGUCGGGACGCAGCCGGCCCUGUCCCUGCCUAGCCUUCAGCCCCUCCCCAU